AGCCAAGCCACAAGCCAACCACAUUCCAGGCUUUGGGAGUUGGGGACACAACUUACACCACAAAUCCUUCUCUACCUGGGACUCCCAAAUGGGAAAUCAGCAAGAGGACUUCAAGCUGCCUCAGAGGACCAAGAGGCGAGGGUUCACACCCUAGGCAAGAAGGAAGCAUUGCUUCUUAGGGACCUGUCCCAAUCUCUCUAAAAAUGGACAAUGAGCAACUCCUAGCCUCGUGGCAGGAAGCUGAUUGCUAUUGGGGGCACUUCCUCUUGGGGUGUAGCAGGCACAGGACUCUUCCUUCCCCAGAGUAACCCAGGAUCCCUGCCAGCACAGACAUUCAGACCAGGCAGGCUCCUCAGGUCUGCACCAUGCCUGCCCCUGCCUCCCAGCCCCACCAUCCUCAUCCUUUCCUGCUGCUGACUCUGCUGCUGGAACUGACAGCAGGGGCAGCAGAGGAGGAGCUGCAGGUGACUCAGCCUGACAAGUCCGUGUUGGUGGCAGCUGGAGACUCGGUGACCCUGCACUGCAGUGUAAACACCCUGCUGCCCGUUGGACCCGUAUACUGGUUCAGAGGGGCUGGGCCAGGCCGGAAGAUGAUCUAUGACUUCAAGGGAGGCCAGUACCCCCGAGUCACAAACCUCUCAGAUGCCACAAAGCGACAGAACCUGGACUUUUCCAUCCGCAUCAGUGACAUCACCAUGGCAGACACAGGCACCUACUACUGUGUGAAGUUCCAGAGAGUGGGUACUAGAGAUGUGGAGUUUAAGUCUGGACCGGGCACACAGGUGUCUGUGCGAGCAGGGGCAGCAGAGGAGGAGCUGCAGGUGACUCAGCCUGACAAGUCCGUGUCGGUGGCAGCUGGAGACUCGGUGACCCUGCACUGCAGUGUAAACACCCUGCUGCCCGUUGGACCCAUAUACUGGUUCAGAGGGGCUGGGCCAGACCGGAAGACGAUCUAUGACUUCAAGGGAGGCCAGUACCCCCGAGUCACAAACCUCUCAGAUGUCACAAAGCGACAGAACAUGGACUUUUCCAUCCGCAUCAGUGACAUCACCACAGCAGACACCGGCACCUACUACUGCGUGAAGUUCCGGAGAGAGGGUGCAGGAGACGUGGAGUUUAAGUCUGGACCGGGCACACAGUUGUCUGUGCAAGCCAAACCCUCCAACCCUGAGGUGUCUGGCCCUGUGACCAGGGUAGCCCCUGAGCAGACUGUAAGCUUCACCUGCAAGUCCCAUGGCUUCUCACCCCGCAACAUCAGCCUGAGAUGGUUCAAGAACAGAAACGAGCUCUCGGCCUUCCAGACCAGCGUGGAGCCCGCAGGAGAGAGCGUCUCCUACAACAUCUCCAGCACCGCCCAGGUGGUCCUGUCAUCUGGGGAUGUAUAUUCACAGGUCAUCUGUGAGGUGGCCCAUGUCACACUUCAGGGGGGCCCUCCUCUUCGUGGGACUAUCUACUUGUCUGACACCAUCCGAGUUCCCCCCAGUGUGGAGGUCACACAGCAGCCCGUGGGGACAGGGGCCCAGGUGAACGUCACCUGCCACGUGGACAAGUUUUACCCCAGGAGCAUGCGGCUGACGUGGCUGGAGAAUGGAAACAUGUCCCACACAGAGAUGGCCUGGACAUUAGUGAAGAACAAGGACGGGACCUACAACCGCACAAGCUGGAUCCUGGUGAACAACUCUGCCCACAGGGAGGACCUGGUGAUUUCCUGCCAGGUGGAGCAUGAUGGGCAGCCAGCAGUCAUCAGAAGCCACACCCUGCAGGUGUCAGCCCAGCCCAAGGAGCCCGACUCAAACACCAACAUCAGUGAUGGUGAGGUGUCAUCUCCUGCUUCACUCUUCAUAGCUCUCCUGCUUGGCCCCAAGGUGCUGUUGGUGUUUGGUGUCUCUGCCAUCCUUGUCUUCAAGAAGCAGAAGACCUCAAGGCAUCCAGGGAGAGCAUCCGCAAGGACAGCACAGAGGCAGCGGACAACCUGUGAAGAUGAGCAGUGAUCCCUGUGGAGCGUUUUCUCGCAGCUGUGCCAGUCCUCCCCUGCCACAAGGAAACCUUUUCUGAGGGGCUCAGCCCAAGAGAAGGAAUCCUUGAGAAGCUUCUGUAAACUGCUCAGGUCACUUCCCUUCCCUAGGACAUCCACCUGCUCAUGGCUCCUACUCCUCCUUCCCAGUUUCCUGGACAGCUGGGUCUGUGUUUGUUGUCCUGGCAAGGGCCACGGUAAUUGGCUGUGGACCCUGACUUUUGGUACCUCCCAGGAGCUGAGCAACAAGGCAGCUCUAAAGCGUCAGAACUCCUCUUGUCAUCUUGGGCUUGGCCUUGAGCCACACAGGUUCUGGUCAACUCUCUCUCUAAAGCUGGUUCAUCUGGAACCAUAUUUGGUGCAGCAGAUAAGAUGCUGCUGGGGACGCCUGUACGUCUGAUCCAAGUACUUGGUUCAAGUUCCAGCUCUGACUGGAGCUUCCUGUGACUGUGUCCCCUCGAGGCAGCAGGUGAUGGCUCCCUGCCAGACCCCACAGGAGACCAGACAGAGUUCUGACUCCUAUCUUAGUCCUGGCUCAGCUCUGGAUGCUGUGGGCAUUUGGGUUUGAUCCAGCUGAUGGAAAUGUGCUCUCUCUCUCUCUCUCUCAGUAUCUCUAUCUCUCCUUCUUCCUUUGUUUCUCUCUGUCUCU